GGCUUAAGGGAAAACUCUACUGCGCAUGCUCUGUGGGCCCACAUCCGGGUACUUCUGCUCUCGACCAUGCUCUCAGGCAGGAUCCAGUUGUUGUAAAGCUUCCAUCGGUCGGAGUCUUUAUCAGCUCUCAUUAAUAUAUAACUGUGAUAUAUUAGAAUAUAACCCGUUCCUCUCAGGAGAAGAAGAGACGAGAGGAGCUUCAGAACAAUUCCACCUCUUCAUCCGGGUCCUUAUCUGAUGUUAGCUGCUUCAUGCUAGGUGGCUAAUGCUAGUCGGUGAACAUCAACAAACUGACGAACAAAGAGUAGCAGAAACACCGGGUCCCCCGGAAGGGGAGGGACUUCGCCACUCUAUAACAUGGACAUCAUAAGACUACUCCGGUCGACCCAGAGUGGUGGAGACCCAGAAGGAGCACUGGAGCAGCAUGGAGGAGAACAAAGAGACCCCCAGAACUCAGAACCAGAGAGGACUCAGACUUCACAGCUGUGACCUGUGUGACAAAUCCUUCAACUCCACUGGGAACUUAAAGGUUCAUCAGAGAGUUCAUACUGGAGAGAAACCGUACAGCUGUGACCUGUGUGACAAAUCCUUCAACUCCACUGGGAACUUAAAGGUUCAUCACAGAGUUCAUACUGGAGAGAAACCCCACAACUGUGACCUGUGUGGGAAACCGUUCAGUACUCUAUUUCAAGUGAAGUGCCAUUAUCGUAUUCACACUAGAGAGAAACCAUACAGCUGUUACCAAUGUGGGAAAACCUUUGCUCAGAAAGGCACCCUUUCAUCUCAUCAGCGCAUUCAUACUGGAGAGAAACCCUACCGCUGUGACCAGUGUGACAAGUCAUUCACUACAUCAAGUCUUCUGAAGUGCCAUUAUCGUAUUCACACAGGAGAGAAACCACACAGCUGUGAUGAGUGUGGGAAAACGUUCGCUAGAUCAGAUAAACUCACAAUCCAUCGUCGUAUUCACACAGGAGAAAAACCAUACUGGUGUGAAGAGUGUGGGAAAAUGUUCACUUCAUCAAGUCAACUCACAACCCAUCAUCGUAUUCACACAGGAGAGAAACCAUACUGGUGUCAAGAGUGUGGGAAAACUUACAACAGAUCAGGUGAACUCAAAAUCCAUAAUCGUGUUCACACAGGAGAGAAAUCACACAGGUGUGACGAGUGUGGGAAAAUGUUUUAUUGUUGUGGUGACCUUAAAGUCCACCAGCGCAUCCACGCUGGAGAGAAACCGUACAGCUGUGACCAGUGUGACAAGUCAUUUAUUACAUCAAGUACUCUUAAGAGGCAUCAUCUUAUUCACACUGGAGAGAAACCAUACUGCUGUGAACAAUGUGGGAAACACUUUACUCAGAUCAGUACCCUUAGAUCUCACCAGCGCACUCACUCUGGAGAUAAACCAUACAGCUGUGAUUUGUGUGACAAGUCAUUUACUAGUUCAGGCUAUCUUAAGAUUCAUCGUCGUAUUCACACUUGAGACAAAACAUACAGCUGUGAACAGAUCAUUUCCCUUAGACCAGUGUUUCUCAAACUUUUUCAUACCAAGGACCACUUAACAAAUAAAAAAACACUCGCGGAGUGAAGUUCAAAACACUAAGACACGUUAGGUAUGAGAAGUGAUAAAGUACAUAUGUGACGUUCUUGUUCUGUUUGAACAAACAUUGUUCUAGUGAAAUUCUGAUAUAAUAUUAUCUCAUGUUCAUUAUUUUACUUCAUUGUGAUGGCUGUUAAUUUUCUGUUUUCUCAGUAAAUGUGAGUCUUGCUGCUGUAAUAAUCUGAGCUGUAAAUUUAAAACUUGUUUUCUAUUUUCUCAUUAAAGUUGUCGACACAAA